AUGCCGUCGCUGCAGCGGAUCAGCGUGGAAGGAUGCUAUCUGCUGAGGCUUGACGCUCGGACGCCCAGGGAUGGCUAUGGGUUGGCAGCUGUGCCUUUUGUGAGGGAGGGUGGGGCACGAGAGAUGGGGGAAGGGCGAAGGAAUGACAUAAAGAAUGAUGAUGAGGACUUGGCUGUUUCUGUGGUGUUCGGGGGUGCAAGGGAUGGGGAGGAUAUGGAGGCAAGCUGUGGGCAGCAACUGCCACCUCAGUGGCAAAGGCGACAGCGGCGGCAACGGAAAAGGCUCCACCGCUGCCGAGAGAAGGCUCAGCAGCAGCAGCAGCAGCAGCAGCAGCAGCAGCAGCAGCAGCAGCAGCAGCACAAGCAGAGUAAUCAGGGUGGUGUCACCACUGUCAACGCAGCAGCACAGCCACGCCAGCCCCUGUUCUUUUCCAAGCUGCAACAUCUCGAGCUUUCUGACGUGUCAGCACUGCAUCACCUGCCACGUGGCAUCCUCCAGCACCAAUCGCUCAAGCACCUCGUGCUGGACGGCUUCUCAGGCGCCUCCCUUUCUGCCACUUGCAGCCAAUGGCUGCACGACCUUCCUCUGUUGCACGACCUACCGCCCUCCUUCUCCUGCCUCUCCUCCCUGCAGCGUUUGGUCAUCACCCACUGCCAUGGGCUCAACUCGCUCCCUGACUGCCUGCCAGAGCUCCCCUUGCUGCGCGAUCUCGCCCUGGUAAAAAACCACAAUCUCACCAUCCCCAGGGAUUCCCUGCCGCGCCUGCACUCGGUGCGUCGCCUGGUGGUGCAUCGGGGGCGUGAGAACAAGAGCAUAAUCGCACAUUACGGGAGGGUGAGGCCACAGUUUGCGCUGCCCCCGUGGGUGAAAGAGCUUCACACUGAUGACUUUGGGAGUGAGGUCUUCUGGUUGCAUGAGCUGGAGAGACUGGAGGUGAUUGGGGAGAACCUAUCAAAUGUGAGUGUUAACGAGAUUGAGGUGAUGGAGGAAGUGAUGAAGGUUAGAGGAGAAGGCAGGUGGAGAGAUGCAGAGGAUGAGGAAAGCAAUGACAGCAUUGUUGUGAAAUGUUGGGGUGAUGAGAGGCAGCUGCUGUGGGUGGCCAGCGUCUUAAGGAGCAGCCAGAGCGUUUUAUGA